AUGGCGGCGCUGCGCUGCCUCCUGCUGCUCCUGUGCGGCGCCGCGCUGGGGCCCGCCGUCCACCUCGACUUCGCCGAGCACCGCAGCCAGGCGGCCAAGAUCAAGGUCAACCCCCGCGGCAACCUCUGGGCCACAGGUCACUUCAUGGGGAAGAAGAGUGUCGCGGGCUCCCCUCACCUGGAGUCGCCGGAGGAGCCUGCAGUGCCCAUGGUCUUCGGUCCCUCUCUGAGAGCCUUGCUGGAGGACAUGAUGGAACUGCUUACCCGUGAGCUCCUGAAAAUCCUCUUGCAAGAGAGACUUUUGGAUGAGAACCAAGGAAAAUACGACCUCACUGACCAGGAGACAGGGCUUUUAACAAAGGUGCUGGAGAAGUAUUUUUCAAACUGAAGAAGCACAGCCAUGGAGGAUGAGGUCUGCAGGCUCGGCCAUGCAUGGCAAACGGAGAGCAUCGUCCUUGUGGGUUACUGUAGCAACAUCACUUUUAUUUAUUCUUUCUGUAAUAUUGUUAAUAGUGAUUACUUGUAUGAAAAGCAGAACC